AAAAAUACACGACUGUCCAUACAUGCUUAUUUUUUUAACUUACAAACGUGUCUGUAAUUACAUGUUUUGCAUGACUGUGGGUUAUGGUUAACGAUCGUAUGGUGAUGUAUGCUAAGACCGCUACGGGCUGUUACGCAUGUCAAAUAUCCCUCCGCUGUUUUUUUUGUCCCCUUUCAGACUGUUUUGGUCUUGUCGAUGUUAGCAACGCAAACAGCCCCGGACAGCACGAAACCACAUUUUGUGAUUAGAAAUUCCUUUUGUUUGGAUUACACAACACGUUGGCAAGAGGUUCAACGCCCGUGUUUAUCACAGGAGAGUCGUCUGUGCGUGUUGUCUUUUUAAGUGGUGUUUUUUUUCUCCCAGUUUUUAAUAGAAACUGCACAGGUUGCUAAUUUAGCUAGCAAGCCCGCUAGCUUGUUAGCAUAGCAUCUCCCUCUAGAGGCACGUUGACAUUAGCUUGCUAGCCUCGGACUUGCUAACGGCGGCGGCGGCGGCCAACUGUCAACACACAACCACAAUCUUCCUCUUACAGGAGAGAAUUGCGGUGUCGAGCUGGUCUUUUUAAAACGCCGUCUUUUAUGGGAGCGACAUGUCAAUGAAGGCCGGUGGAAAUCGCAGCAAACCCGGCGGUGGCAACGCCGCUGGUGCCGGAGGAAGCGGCGGGGGACGACAGAAUCUGGGCAGGGGAAGACACAGUGGUAAAGGUCCUGCAGCGGUUAUUUUCAAUGGAGUUUAUGCAAACAUGAGGAUGGUCCAUGUCUUGACAUCUGUUGUGGGCACCAGGUGUGAACUGAAGGUGAAAAAUGGAACGGUCUAUGAAGGAGUCUUCAAAACUUACGGUCCAGAGUGCGACCUGGUAUUAGACGCAGCCCACAGAAAGAACCUAGAGCCGAGUGCGGGCCCCAGAAAAGAAGACAUUGUAGAGAGCAUCGUUUUCAAGGCUUCCGAUGUCGUCGUCGUGUCCUUCAAAGACGUCGACCUUAACUUUGCCAGGAAAGUUUCCUCUGACACAGAGCCUAAAGGUGUAUCCUUGCGUGUCUCAGAUAACUUCACAGACACCGCAGUGAGCGGCAGAAUCAAUGGCGAGCACAAAGAGAAAGAUCUGGAGCCCUGGGAUGGUGGAGAGACCCACAAUUCUGACAGCCUCGAGUCUCUGGAUACUGAUGUGUCAAAUGGGUGGGACCCCAAUGAUAUGUUCAAGUACAACGAGGAGAAGUAUGGGGUUUUGUCAACUUAUGACAGCAGCCUGUCCACAUAUACGGUCCCACUAGAGCGUGAUAACUCUGAGGAAUUCCUGAAGAGGGAAGCUCGAGCUGCCCAGCUGGCUGAGGAAAUAGAAGCCAGCUCCACAUACAAGGCCCGCGUGGCGCUGGAGAACGACGAACGGUCCGAGGAGGAGAAGUUUACCGCCGUCGUCCGAGGGGAAAGAGAGAUGCACACGUUGAGCAGGGAGAACAAGUACAUUCCCCCAGGGCAGAGAAACAGGGAGGCAAUGUCAUGGGGGCCCGGACGGCAGAAUUCGCCACGCCUGACUCCGAACUCAGCUGGACCUGCACCCCCUCGAGCGGGAUUGCACGACUAUAGUCUAAGCCCAGGCGCCGACCAGAGGGUGGUAAAUGGAGGUUCAUCCCAUUGGCCCUCACCCUGUCCAUCCCCUUCCUCCCGCUCCCUCCCUCGUUACCAGCCCGGCCCUUCCUCUUUGCCUCCUCGGGCAGCCACGCCCACCAGGCCACCCUCCAGACCCCCUUCUCGACCUUCCAGGCCUUUAUCUCAUUCAUCCCACCCCUCCUAUCCCUCUUCCUCGUCUCCCUUUCCCCACCAUGGGCCGACAUCGCCGGCCUCCACUCUGCCCAAACGCAUGUCUUCAGAAGGUCCAUCAAGGAUGUCCCCCAAAUCCCAAAGGACGCCCCGUGCUCACAGAGUGCCUCCCAGCAGGACCACAGGAAUACCACCAGGAGUGGAUCUAAUAUCCCACAAUUCCCCAGGAGAUCUCCCAGUGACUUCAUCCAACAGAGGAAACUCCUCAGGAGGAACGUGGUCUUCUGUAGUUAGUGGAGCUCACAGACCGCGCUCCCCUCGUCAGAACAGCAUGGUCGGAGCGUCCCCUUCCUCCGCAUCCCCACAGACAGGAACAGCUCCUGUGGACACUUUUGCCACGCCGAGGUCCGCGUCCUCCCCGACUGCUGCUAGUUCUGCCCCCAGCAUGGUUGCUGGAGAUAUAAAAGAGAGUCGCGUCCAGGAGACGAGACAGACGUCCCCCAAAGCCAACAAAGACAACAUGAAGGAUAGUUCAACCAGUGUCAACAGACCAGUGUGUAAAGGUCCUCCCUCUUUCGCACCUGACCACAGAAAACAACUAGACAAUUUAAAGAAAUUUAGUGAAGAUUUUAGGUUGCAGUCUAGUUCCAACUCAGACCCUGCCUCUGACAACAUGAUCACAAAGCCUUCAAGAGAUCCCGCGGCCAAGCUUGCAGACUCCCCCUUGGACAAAUCCUCCAUAGUGAGCCCCGAAGACCAUAGCGACUCCGCCCCGUCCACCGGCACCAUCAAUACGAGUAAGCCCGGCAGCCCCGCCGCGCUGUCCCCGUCUCCUUCAGGCCCAGAUCAGAAGAGGGUUGGGCUGGAUGUGACGUCGCAAGGGGUUCAGACAACGGCCAUGUCCACAUUUGGCGGGCCCAAGCAUGAAGAAAAGGAGGACAAAAAGGAGGCGGUGCAAGAUCAAGUGAGGAAGUCAACCUUAAACCCCAACGCUAAUGAGUUCAAGCCAAGGUUUAACACACAGCAGCCUAAACCAGCAAACACCCCAACACCACCCCGGCCCCAAGGUCAGCCAAGCCCCUCCAUAGUGGUCCAGCAGCCCCCCACCGUCUACAGUCAGACAAUGUGCUUCCCCCAGAUGUAUCCUCUCACACCAGUUAGUCCCGGCGUGCAGAAAAGCAUAAUAUGGAAGUCUCCAGCAAUGUACCAGGUCCAGAUGCCUCACAUGACUGUAAACCAGACCAAACCAUACAGACCAGGUAAAGUACCCAACAUGAACCAGCAGAGGACAGACCAGCAUCACCCACCAGGCACACCCAUCAUGCACCCUGCUACAGCAGCAGGUCCACCAAUCAUCACGCAGAACCCCGCCUACUCUGCCCAGUACUUUACCUGCAGCCCGCAGCAGUUUGCCAGUCAGCCGCUGGUCCAGCAGAUGCCGCACUACCAGUCACAGGCGCAGCAUGUGUUCAGUCCCGUAAUGCAAGGCAGUGCCCGCAUGAUGGCGCCGCACGCACACGGCCAACCCACCUUGGUGUCCUCCUCAACCACACAGUACCCAGAGCAGACACACACCAUGUAUGUGUCUUCUUGCCCCAUGCCCCAGCAGUACACCCACCCCAGUGCCACGUUGCACCCUCACCCUCAGCACCCUCAGCCCUCUGCCACGCCCACAGGCCAAGGUCAGCAAGGGGGGCCGCCUCAGCAUGGAGGUCCCCCCAACCACCCUGCCGCCAGCCCAGUCCAGCACCCGCAGCACCCUCAGGCGGCAGCAGCAGCAGCAGCUGCCGCCCAGGCCCUCCACCUCGCCAACCAGCCUCAGCAGCAGAUGUACUCCGCUCUAGCCCCCACGCCUCCAUCCAUGACCCCGGGCCCCAACCCCCAGUCACCACAGGCGUCUUUCCCCUCUGCCCAGCAGACCGUCUACAUCCACCCUCAGCAAGUGCAGCAUGGCUAUAAUCCCAACCACAUGGCUCAUGUGCAGCAGGCUCAUAUGCAGUCUGGUAUGGUGCCGUCUCACCACCCAGCUUCCGCCCACCCCCAGAUGAUGCUGAUGGCCACCCAGGGCCCGCCGGGAGGACCCCAGGCCCCCAUGGCUCAGACGGCCCUCAACCACAUCCCCGUCUCUUCCACCACACAUUUCUCCUACCUGGCACAUCCACAAGUGCAGGCUCAUCACCAGCAGCAGCUGUAGAGGGCGCCAGUGAGCUGAAGUCCUCAAGUGAAACAUUUCAUUCAUGAAGAGACAAGAAGCCCUCCUCCUCCUCCUCCCCUUGCCACCCCCACCACCUCUCUUAGCUCAUCAUCCUCAUGUUUCAUAUUAUCUUACCUUCCUCCUCCUUCCUCCCAGACAAGGCAAUAAGAGAAUGUUAACAAGUUGGUGAUGCAGUGAUGUGUUGUUGCCACAAGGGGCCGAUCACAAAGUGAGAAAACUAAUCUGUAAAUCCAAGAACAAGAAUUCCACCCAAACUUGUCUGCGCCUGGUAAACAGACAGUAUUAAUCUUGCUGUUUCAGGACCGCUGCUGCUGUUUCAUGACAAGUUUCUAACCAAACUAAAACUACAACAAACAAGUUGUGAGGACACGAGGAGCGUUAUUUAUGAAAAUAAAAAAUAUGACCGUGAUCAGAACCCACUUCUCACCUGAACCUAAUGUAACUUUUAAGUUAAAACUUUUACUUUGUAGAUAAUAUAAAUAAUUUAAAAAAUGAGCCAAAAAAAAAUUAAAAAUAAAAAAAGUUUUAAAAACUGAA